AUGAUUGGUAAACGGUUUUUCCAAACAGCUAGUAAAAAGAUUGCUUUUGCAUUUGAUAUCGAUGGGGUGUUAUUUAGGGGCAAGAAGCCAAUUGCUGGUGCUAGCGACGCAUUAAAGCUGCUGAAUCAAAAUAAAAUCCCAUAUAUUUUACUCACCAAUGGUGGGGGAUUCUCUGAGAAGGCACGUACAGAGUUUAUCUCGAGUAAAUUGGACGUCGAUGUAUCACCUUUACAAAUCAUUCAGAGUCAUACUCCCUACAAGUCCCUUGUUCACAAAUAUUCAAGGAUCUUGGCCGUUGGUACACCUUCCGUGAGAGACGUUGCAGAAGGCUACGGAUUUGAAGAUGUUGUUCACCAAACCGAUAUCGUGAGAUAUAAUAGGGAUAUCACACCAUUUAGUGGGCUGUCCGAUGAACAAGUGAUGGAGUAUUCGAGAGAUAUUCCAGAUAUCACGACUAAAAGAUUCGAUGCUGUCUUGGUAUUUAAUGAUCCCCAUGAUUGGGCUGCCGAUAUACAAAUCAUCUCAGAUGCAAUCAAUAGUGAAAACGGGAUGUUAAAUACUUUGAGAAAUGAAAAGGGUGGCAAACCUUCCAUUCCCAUUUAUUUUUCAAACCAAGAUUUGCUAUGGGCCAAUCCUUAUAAAUUGAAUAGAUUUGGACAAGGUGCUUUCCGCCUACUAGUUAGAAGGCUUUACUUUGAGCUAAAUGGUGAGGCCUUGCAAGAUUAUACUUUGGGUAAACCCACAAAGUUAACUUAUGAUUUUGCUCAUCAUGUUCUCAUUGAUUGGGAAAAAAGAUUGACCGGGACGAUAGAUCAAUCAAUGAAGCAGAAGCUGCCACUUCUAGGCACGAAACCUUCUACUUCGCCAUUUCAUUCGGUUUUUAUGGUAGGUGAUAACCCUGCAAGCGAUAUUAUUGGAGCUCAAAAUUACGGUUGGAACAGUUGCUUGGUGAAGACAGGUGUGUAUAAGGAAGGUGAUGACUUAAAGGAAUGUAAGCCUACGCUGAUUGUAAAUGAUGUAUUUGAUGCAGUGACUAAAACGUUAGAAAGGUACGCAUGA